AUGACAAAAACAAUCUCAUCACAACUUGCUAUUAUUAUUUCCUCCUUAAUGACUCUUAUUCAAGUAGGUUCUAGUACCGAAUUUGCUCGGCUACCUGCACAGGAUGUACGACAACAUUGGUUUACUGAUUCUAAUCACCAUCAAAAUGCUUUAUUAAAAAGAUGGUUUGAAAAAAGACCAACUGGCAGUACGGUUGAAACUCGUGCGCCAGCAUCACCAUUCGAUGUUUUAAAAAUAAGUCAUACAUUUAAAGGAUGUAUUGAUCCAUCGGAACCAUUUCAAUGUCCACAAAGUGAACAAUGUAUUGCUUUGCAAUUUAUUUGCGAUGGUCAUGCGGGUGAUUGUCCUGGUAAUCUCGAUGAAAAUGAAGAAACAUGUAUUGCAGUUAAACGACCAGCAAAAGAAAAUAUUGAAAACUUCUUUCAUGCUGAACAUAUGUUACAUGGUCCACAAUUAUUUAGAUUUUUAUUUGGUGAAAAAUUUUCAAAUACUAUUGAAAAAAAUAAAUCAUUUUGGUUGGAUGCAUUAGCAUCAGGUUUUUCAGUGGCAAAAAAUAUUAAUAGUUUUGCUAAAAAAUUACAAAUGUCAUCCGAUGAUAUUGCACAUUUUCGAAAUGUAAUUGAAAAAAUUCAUGAUGGACGAUUAGAAGAAAUUCCUGUAUUUGCACAAGAGGCUGUUAAUCAAGGUCUUGCAUCAUUAAUUGAAAAACUUUAUGAUUCGGGAUUUAUGGAACAAUAA